UUGCAUACCAACCUUGAAAACCAAGUUGUGUAAAUAUCGAGGUUCUUCUAGUACUCUUUGUUGCAUUCUUCUUCUUCAAGCUAUCCCUCUCUCUUUCAAAUCAUACUUGUUUUCAGGAAUUUAAUACCAUUUCUCAAAUACCGGACAUGGAAAUUUCACAUGUUGUGGGGGACAAAGAACAUGAAGCCGUGGACGAGUUGACUCAGAAGGUACCAACUCUGCCGCCUUCGUCAAAUUUCUGUAUGAGUUCCGAAAAGGUUAACGCAGGGCCGCCGCAUGAGGGCUUCUUCCUGGUUUUAGCUUACCUUCCUUUAUUUGAGCUUCUUGCCAUAACUGAAGUUUGCGUGUCACUAAGAGAUGCAGUGCAAAAGGAUGUGCUGCCAUGGCUGAAUAUCGUAGUUGAAAGGCCUUUGAACUUGAGACUGAAUGAUGAGAUUCUGAUGAAGAUCACCUCCAAGGCGAUUGGUAGGAUGAAAACUUUGGCUCUCAUCAACUGUAUCAAGAUUUCGGAUGAUGGGCUUCAGUGGGUUGUAGACAGAAAUCCUCAUAUCAACAAGCUAUACAUACCAGCAUGCACUGGCUUAACACCUGAGGGAGUCAUUAGAGCAGUCAAGACAUUAUCCGAACGUCAUCACAGCUUAAAGAGCCUGAGGAUAAAUGGUAUCUACAACAUAAAGAAAGAAAACCUACAAACAAUUCUCUCUUAUCUGCAAAUGAACCUGUCUCAGCAGCAGCAGCAGAGAAAGCAGCAACCUACUACCCUCUAUCAUCACAGGAACUUCCCAAUUUUCAGAAAUGAAGAUAGUGAUCCCAUGCUUGAUGUGGAUAUCUGCCCGAAGUGCAACAACGUAAGAGCGGUUUAUGAGUGUGUAAGAGAAACCUGCAAAAGGAAGAGGGAGCGGCUAUCAACCGUUUGUAGAGGCUGCAACCUUUGCAUUCCAAGGUGUGAAGAGUGCGGCGAAUGCAUGGGAUCUGAUGAACUGGAAGAAACUGCUUGUGGAGACAACUUGUGUUCAGAGUGCUGGCUGCAGCUUCCCAAAUGUAAUUUUUGCAACAGGCCGUAUUGCAACCAACAUAGCAAUCGGCAGUACAGGAAUUCCAGCUCUACUGGUUUUGUUUGUGAUGUUUGUCAUAUAUCCUACAGUUAGGAACUUGGGUGACGAUGUAAUUUACUUUUUAUGGCUUCUUAAGAGUUGUUUCAAUGAAUUCAUAAUAUGUUGAAGUUGAAUAACAAUUCAAAGUCUUUUCUUUCAUUUCAAUUGCUUCGGUGUUCUUUUGAAUCAACAAAGUUAUUGAUGCCAUUA